AUUCAUUCUUCUCUCUUACAGCUUCUAUGCAAUGUUGGCUACAAUGAAGAAAGAUUAGGUUUUAUGUAUGAAGACAUAAUCAUAUGUUUACGCUUAGCUUUAUUAAAUGAAGCAAAAGAAGUAAGAGCAGCAGGCCUGAGGGCGCUUCGCUACCUUAUCAGAGAUUCCAGUGUUUUACAAAAGGUGCUAAAACUGAAAGUAGACUACUUAAUUGCAAGAUGCAUAGAUAUACAGCAGAGUAAUGAAGUAGAAAGGACACAAGCACUUCGACUAGUCAGAAAGAUGAUUACUGUGAAUGCUUCCUUAUUUCCUAGUUCUAUAGCCAAUUCCUUGAUAGCGGUUGGAAAUGACGGCCUUCAAGAAAGAGAUAGGAUGGUCCGUGCUUGCAUUGCCAUUAUUUGCGAACUAGCUCUUCAGAACCCAGAAGUGGUAGCGCUCAGAGGUGGACUAAGUACUAUUCUAAAAAACGUGAUCGACUGCCAGUUAAGUAGGAUAAACGAGGCUCUCAUCACCACAAUAUUGCACCUUCUUAAUCAUCCAAACACAAGACAGUACGUGCGAGCAGAUGUAGAAUUAGAGCAAAUUCUAGCACCAUACACAGAUUUUCACUACAGACAUAAUCCAGAUACUGCAGAAGGGCAGUUGAAAGAAGACAGAGAGGCUCGAUUUCAAGCAAGCAAAUUGGGAAUAGUAGCUACAUUCCGAUCGUGGGCAGGCAUUAUCAGCCUAUGCAAACCUGGCAACUCUGGGAUCCAGUCUUUAAUAGGAGUACUUUGUAUACGAAACAUGGAAAUACGGCGAGGCCUUCUCGAGGUACUGUAUGACAUUUUUCGCCUCCCGCUUCCUGUUGUGACAAAGGACUUUAUUGAAGCUCUUUUAAGUGUUGAUCCAAGCCGAUUUCAGGAUACUUGGAGACUUUCGGAUGGAUUUGUAGCAGCAGAGGCUAAAACCAUUCUUCCGCAUCGAGCACGAUCCAGACCUGAUCUCAUGGACAACUAUUUGGCUUUGGUGCUGUCUGCGUUCAUUAGAAAUGGUCUAUUAGAGGGUCUGGUUGAAGUGAUUACAAGCAGUGAUGAUGAAGUAUCUGUUAGAGCAACUAUCAUCCUUGGUGAACUUUUGCACAUGGCAAACACAAUCCUUCCUCAUUCUCAUAGUCACCAUUUGCAUUGUUUACCAACACUAAUGAAUAUGGCUGCAUCUUUUGACAUCUCAAAGGAGAAAAGGCUACGAGCAAGUGCAGCAUUAAAUUGCUUAAAACGCUUCCAUGAGAUGAAGAAACGAGGGCCAAAACCAAACAGCCUUUACUUAGACCACAUUGUGCAGAAGGCAGUAACCACCCACCAAAAAAGGGAACAGCACAUACGUGUACAGAAAGAUAUAUUUAUUCUUAAGGAUACAGAGGAAGCCUUGGCAAUGAACCUGAGAGAUAGCCAGGUUCUUAACCAUAAAGAAAACCUUGAAUGGAAUUGGAAUCUUAUAGGGACCAUUCUAAAGUGGCCAAACGUAAGUUUGAGGAAUUGCAAAGAUGAACAGCUGCACAGGUUUGUCCGGCGACUCCUAUAUUUUUACAAACCCAGCAGCAAGCUCUAUGCCAAUUUGGAACUAGAUCAUUGUAAGGCCAAACAACUGACUAUAGUGGGAUGCCAGUUUACAGAAUUUCUUCUUGAGUCUGAAGAGGAUGGGCAGAGUUACUUAGAGGACCUUGUUAAGGAUAUUGUAAUGUGGUUAUGCUCCUCAUCUGGAAUGAAGCAGGAGCGCAGUCUUCAAAAUAAUGGGCUCCUAACCACACUGAGUCAGCACUAUUUUCUCUUUAUUGGUACUCUCUCCUGCCAUCCUCAUGGAGUCAAGAUGCUAGAAAAAUGCAAUGUGUUUCAAUGUCUUCUAAAUCUUUGUUCAUUGAAGAACCAAGACCACUUUUUAAAAUUGGCAGUGUCUAGCUUGGACUACAGCAGGGAUGGACUGGCUAGGGUCAUUCUUUCCAAAACUUUAACAGCAUCACCUGAUAGUUGUCGACUGUAUGCCACAAAACAUUUGCGAGUCCUACUAAGAGCUAACGUUGAGUUCUUCAGCAACUGGGGAAUUGAGUUACUUGUAACACAGCUGCACGAUAAAAACAAAAGUAUUUCCACUGAAGCUCUUGAUAUCUUGGAUGAAGCUUGCGAAGACAAGGCUAAUCUUCAUGCUCUUAUCCAAAUGAAACCUGCUCUUUCUCAUCUUGGUGACAAAGGGUUACUCCUCUUGCUUAGGUUUCUGUCGAUUCCAAAGGGGUUUUCUUAUUUAAAUGAACGUGGUUAUGUAACCAAACAACUAGAAAAAUGGCAAAAGGAAUAUAAUUUAAAGUAUGUUGAUUUAAUGGAAGAACAACUUAAUGAAGCUCUAACAACUUACCGAAAACCUGUUGACGGUGACAACUAUGUAAGACGUAGCAACCAAAGAUUGCAACGCCCCCAUGUGUACUUACCAGUGCACUUGUAUGGGCAGCUGGUUCAUCAUAAAACAGGAUGCCAUCUGUUAGAGGCUCAGAAUAUUGUCCCAGACUUAAGUUACACUGUCAGAUCUCCGUCUUUAGAUGGGUGGGAGGGAGUAAAACAACUGAAAGCGGCUCUUUGGUCAUUGGGCAACAUUGGUUCUUCAAAUUGGGGUCUUAAUUUACUUCAGGAGGAGAAUGUGAUACCAGACAUUGUAGCCCUUGCUCAUCAUUGUGAAGUUCUCUCUAUUAGAGGAACAUGUGCUUAUGUCCUUGGCCUGCUUUCAAAAACCAAACAGGGCUGUGACAUCCUAAAGCAACACAACUGGGAUGCAGUGAGGCACAGUCGCAAACACCCGUGGCCUGUGAUCCCAGAUGACAUGGAGCAGCUGUGUACUGAAUUGUCUUCUAUACCAAGCACACUUAGCUUAAACUCGGAAUCUACCAGCUCUCGACAUAACAGUGAAAGUGAAUCUGCCCCUCCUAGUAUGUUCAUUAUUGAGGACGACAGAAGUCCAUUUUUUUUCAAUGAAGAGUCAGAGCAUAUUUUUUAUGAUAAACCAUUGAAGGACAAGGAUCGUAGUCCACUCACUCUUUUUGCACAAAGUAAGUUUGUCAAAAACCGUUUUUUAAAUUCACUAACUCUGCCAAGUAAGAAGUUUCGGAGCACUAGUAGUAGCGAUCCCAAAGGAAAUAAGUUAUUAAUGGAUCAUAAACUUAUGUUGCGACGAAAUCGAACAAUUACAGAACCCUGCACAAAUGCAGACUAUGAUUCCAUGGAUAGUUUGAGCUCUGAUUUUAAAGUUCCAAAAGUUCCAAGUACAAUUCGCUUAGAGACGUCUUUUGUCAGCAAACAUAUUGAUGAGACUGGCAGUACCCCAAGUAUUACAGAAAAUGAUCUGAAGCUUCCAAAAUGUCUAGGAAAUGAAAAUCACAGAGACCAUGCAAGCAGAGAAAAAUUAAUAGGUGAUGGUACAACAAACACUCACUUCAAGAGCCGUAGUUUAAGUUUCAAUACAGACACCACAACUAGUGGUAUCAGCUCAAUGAGUUCAAGUCCUUCACGAGAGACUGUGGGAAUAGACACUACGAACAUUGAUACUGAAUGUGGGAGUUUAAGUACUGUAGUCAGCACCAAAACGGUCAGACCAAGCCACUCAGCCAUACUGCAUCCUAAUCACCUGCCUCUUUCAAAGUCCAACUCUGUGUCCCUGGUUCCACCAGGAUCUUCUCAUACACUUCCACGGAGAGCUCAGUCACUGAAGGCGCCUUCCAUUGCUACUAUAAAAAGUUUAGCUGACUAUAGUUUUUGUUACACAAGUUCUCGAGAUGCAUUUGGCUAUGCUACAUUGAAGCGAUUGCAACAACAGAGGAUGCAUCCUUCCCUUUCUCAUUCUGAAGCUCUUGCAUCUCCAGCCAAGGAUGUUCUAUUUACUGAUACAAUAACUAUGAAGACUGGAAGCUUGGAUUCCAGGCUAACAUCAAGCAGAGCUAUGGCUGUUUUCUGUAGGUUCAUGAAAGCAUUAAGUUAUGCAUCUCUAGACAAAGAAGAUUUAUUAAGUCCAAUAAAUCAGACUACACUUCAGCGCUCUUCUUCUGUACGAUCCAUGGUAUCGAAUGCAACAUACGGCAGUUCUGAUGAUUACAUUGGCCUAGCGCUACCAUUGGAUAUCAAUGAUAUGUUUCAUGUGAAGGAUACUCCAUAUUUCCAGGUGACUAUGCCUCCAAGUGAAGAGCGGGCCUCGAAAAUUGUUGCUUCUGAACUAGGAGGUACUAUAGGAUCUGGAGUUAAAAGCCCCUUCCAGACAUUACGGCAGCAGUUCAGCAUCACAGAAAUAAUGAACUCAAGCCGUUCAGAUGCCUCACAAUUUCUGGAAAACACAGAAGACACCGGUCUGCAGGAGCACACAGAUACUAACUGCCUUUAUUGUGUUGGUAUCCAGUUAAUGGACUACAACCAUAGUAAUCAGUUUAAUGAGUAUGGUCGUUUAGACUUUCCAGACAUUCCAUUUUCUGACUGGUGUGCACAUACCAUCCCUAAUCAUUUAGAAGUGGUAUCAAAUUCUUCAAAGUUUUCUGGAAUUUCAGGGUGUAGUGAUGCCGUUUCCCAGGGUUCGGCAAGUAGCACCAAAAGUACAGAAUUAGUUUUAGGUGGAAAAUCAAUUCCUGAAGAUACACCAGUCUGUCGCAUAUUGCUGCGAAAAGAGGUCUUAAGGCUAGUCAUUAAUUUGAGCAGCUCAGUGGGAACAAAAGGACAUGAAACUGGACUUUUGACGAUUAAGGAGAAGUUUCCACAAGCUUUUGAUGAUAUUUGCCUUUACUCAGAGGUUUCAUAUUUACUAGCACAUUGCACAUUUAGACUUCCGUCUAGGAGAUUCAUUCAGGAGCUUUUUCAAGAUGUGCAGUUUCAACUUAUGCAUGAAGAAGCAGAAGCUCUUUUAGCCGUACCCCCAAAGCAACCAAUAAUUGACAUUGAUGCAGAAUCCUGACCUUCAGUUUAAAUUGUGGACAGAAAAUGAACAGACGUUGUCAGAUUGGACUGGAUGGCAAAGAGACAUUUUCUGCCGUUCUGUCCCAGUGCACACUGGUACAUACACACAGAAGAUCCCGCCGUGUUUUGUAACCUUAAAAAUGAAUCCUCACUCAACUAUGGAUAUCUUCAUUUUCUUUUUUGGACAUAUAUGUAUGGAUAAUCUUCGUAAAUAACUAUGUAUGCAAGAGCCAAGCACUGAAAUACCUGCACAGUUCAUAAGAAAAUACUAGAUCAAUUUCUAGGACAGUUUAAGAAACAGGUUAAUUUUAUGUUACUGAUGAGCAGUUUAAUGCUUUGUUCAUGAACUCUGCUACAAAUUGGUAUUUUCCUGCAUGUCCCUUCCUGUCAGUAGAGAUCUGGAAAGCUAUAGGGGCACGUCAGGAAGUCACGUCCUUGUGUAGAAUUUUGAAAACACUACAUGGAGAAUGAUGAAUUGGAUUUUUAUAGUACUGACUAGAAGGCUACCCUCAGACUGCUUUCCAUGUUAAAUAUUUUUUCUCCACUUCCACUCUAUAUAUUACUGAAACACUUUUGUAUUGCUACAUGGUUCUUCAUGUGCUAUUAAUGGAAACCCAUAUUUAUUCUUUACAAGAGGUUAGUAAGUGUCCUAUUGUCCUUCUGGUUAGUUCCUUCAUCGUCAAAAUGUUGUGCAUCUAAUAAAUAGAAUCCUACUGGAGAAAAGCAACAACAGCCAUAACUAUUUUCAGUGCUACUUUAAUACGUCUAGUGGGAAACCAACUAGAAAGAAAUUUUGCACAUUCCAUGAAAAAAAGACAAUCUCUCCCUGUCAAUUCUAAAGUCAUACUAUUUUUUCGUAUGGCCCUAAGUGAUGAUUGCUGGAUAUGUACCUUUGCUGAAACUGUUCAAGCAGCAAAAUGCAUUUUUUGUAACCCCAGUAUUCUUUGAUAGUUUGCACAUGACAGAUUUGCAUGAUAAUUUGCCAGAGGAUGGAUACGGCUUCAGUACAGGCACCUUGUAAUUAUUACAUAUCUAUCUGAUAUUAUAUGAAAAACUUUGAGAAUUUAAGAUAUGCAAAUAUGUAUAUAAAUCGCAUGGACACCUUCACUACAUUUUACUUAUGUAAUUAACAUAAUGCUCUUUUGAAAGGCCUGCGUGUAUGUAUGUGUGUGUGUAUAUAUAUAUAUAUAAAUAUAUAUAUAUAUUAACCAGCUGGACUGUUAGUACCUGUGCAAAGUUUCCAAUUAGUGGUGAGGUGAACAAUCAUACAACUGGUCUGAUAACUUCACCACAAAAUGUGUCUUAUUUGUUUACUAAAGAUCAGUUACUGGCAUCCUUUUUCAUUUGUGUUUAAGAUUUCCAAGACAACAACCUAUAUCAAAAGAUUAUUUCUGAAUCCAUUCUCUUUACGAUGGCAACGUUUUGAAAUUAAUUUUAUUUUCAAUUUAUGAAUAGGGAUUAUAAGUACAAGGUACACUGUGUUUUGUUUUCCUACAGUUUUCAUAAUUAUGAAGAUUUUUCCUUUUAGAUUUACUUUGUUUAUAAUAUUUUGAGUUAAAAAAUAACCCUAAUGAUAUUUUUUAAGGCUUUUUAAUGUUUUGGCACAAUGGCAAAUAUAUUGUCUUUCACUGAUAGUAUUUUUUUUUCUUUCCUAAGAUAUGGUGAGUCCACGGCAUCCUUAAUUACUGUUGGGAAUAUGACUCCUGGCCAGCAGGAGGCGGCAAAGAGCACCACAGCAAAGCUGUUAAGUAUCACUCCCCUUCCCACAAUCCCCAGUCAUUCUCUUUGCCUUCAGUGCAAGGAGGAGGUGAAGUUUGGUGUUUGUAAAAGAUUUUUCUUUAAUCAAGAUUUUAUUAUUUUGAAAGCCAGAGUAGGUUUGCUCUGAUCUUUCCUGUUCAGAAUGGGUAUAGCUGUACUCCACAUUAGUCUCUUCGGUAGGGCUGUGGUAGCUUUCAAGCAGUUAGGAACUUGUGGGGUGGGCCUCACUGCGUUUUCCUAACAGGUUGCUGCCCUUGCAUAGAAAGCCAGAGUAGGUUUACUCUGUCCUUUCUUGUUUUCACAGGUCUCUGUGAGGAGCGGCUUUUUCUAAAAACCAGGUGAGCUGUCCUCCUGCCGGACAGCCAGAGGUACCAUUUUUGUGUUUUUUUUAUGAGAGAAACAGAUUACUGGCACUAAAGUAAGUGGUUGCUAUUUGGGACUAAAUUCCUGUGUUACAUAACAGGAUUCAUUGGGCAGGAAGCAUGCACUGGGGCUUGGAGAGUGUUUCACUUAAAGGUGGCUCAGUAUAUUCCCUGGAUCCGGUGUUGAAAUGGAUGGGUCUGGACAUGUCUCAGUUUAAAAUACUAACGCCUGAGACAUGCCAAGGAGCGGUAUUAAGUUUAAUUGUUUAAUUAUUGUUUUAUUGGAGCUGUUAGAAAUACACUGCAGGCUCAGUUUUUUCAGCGUAUUACGAGUCCGGAGAGCAGAGGGGGCAGGUAGGCAGCUCAGUGACAUCGCUGAGGUGUAGAGUAGCCUGUUUUUUUUUUUAAUUCUUAAGCCUCAAUUACAUAUUGGAGGUUUGGGCACUAAUUAGCUCUCAACUUUUGGUAAAUUUAAGAGGUUUAAGCCCUGUUUAGCUGUCGUUUUUACUAUUGGGAACGAAUGCUCUUAAAGGGACAGUGUUAAAAGAAACUAUUUUUUUUAUAUAUAUAUAUAUAUUUAUUUAUUUUUUUCAUUGUUAAUUGCAGGAUGGACCAAGAGUCUGUGCCUCCUGCUGAAUGCAAGCUUUGUCUAGAUAACCAAGUUGAACCCCCUUUGCCUUUUUGUUCUGAUUGUAUUGAGAGAACAUUAAAGUACAAAUAUAGACUUUUUGUUGCUGAGCCACCACUCUCUCAGGUUGAUGCUGCUUAGGCAAUGCCGCAGCUUUCUCCUCAAAUGUCCCAAGCCUUAACACAUUCGGUGCCCUGCGGUUCCUCACAAUCUCCUGGAGGAGUAUAUUUGCAUGCAGAAAUUGCGUCCCCAGGUAUCCUCAGCGGUAUCUGAGGCAUUAGCUGCCUUUCCCAUGCUUCAGGGAAGACGCAAGAGGAAAAUGAGAGAAUCGGAUAGUAAGGUUUCUGAUCCAGUCCAGGUUAACCAAGUUGCUCUUUCUCACAAAUCUGAAAGAUACUUCGGUACUAGCCUCUGGGGGUGAGAUCUCAUAUUCGAAUAGUAUAAUUCCUUCAUCUGAUGCUGAAGUGGUUUCCUUCAGAUUUAAGCUUGAACACCUUGGUGUUUUGUUAAAGGAGGUUUUGGCUACCUUGGAUGACUGAUACCCCUGUCGUUGUCAACCCUAAAAAAAUCUAGCAAAUUAAAUAGAUAUUUUGAUGUUCCCUCCUCUGUGGAGGUGUUUCCUGUGCCAGGCCAUGCUACGGAGAUAAUUGCCUGGGAAUGGGAGAGACCUGGAUUUCCUUUUUCCCCGUCUCUGGUUUUUAGAAAUAUGUUCCUGGUGGCUGACUCCAUUAGAGUCAUGGCAGAUGGUACACAAGGUGGAAGGGGCGAUUUUUACCCUGGCUAAGAGAACUACUAUUCCUAUUGAUGAUAGUUGCUCUUUCAAGGACCCUAUGGACAAGAAGCUGGAGGCUUACUUUAAAAAGAUUUUUCAUCAGGAUCUCCAAUGGCAACCUGCGGUGUGUAUUGCUACCGUGACAAAUGCGGCCAAAAGAGAGGGAACUUUCAGGCCUAUUCUAGAUCUAAAGUGUCUAAACAAGUUUCUCAGAGUGCCGUCCUUCAAAAUGGAGACUAUCCGUUCCAUUCUUCCUUUAAUGCAAGAGGGUCAGUUCAUGACGACCAUAGACCUGAAGGACGCUUACCUCCAUGUUCCCAUUCACAGGGAUCAUCACAAAUUUCUAAGAUUUGCCUUUCUGGACAGGCACUUUCAGUUUGUGGCUCUUCCUUUUGGUCUUGCCACAGCUACCAGAAUUUUCUCAAAGGUCCUGGGGGCUCUUUUGGCAGUGAUUCAGUCUCGGGAAAUUGCAGUGGCGCCUUAUCUGGAUGAUAUUCUGGCACAGGCACCUUUUCAACUUGCAAAAUCUCACACAGAGAUCUUGUUGUCUUUUCUUCGCGCUCACGGAUGGAUGGUGAAUUUGUUCUGGUCUUUCUAGGAACAGUUAUAGAUUCCCUUUCAAUGAAGAUAUUUCUGACGGAAGUCAGAAAAGCAAACAUUCUUUCCUCUUUCCUAUCUCUACAGUCUGCUGUACAGCCAUCAGUGGCCCAAUGUAUGGAGGUAAUUGGUCUGGUGGUGGCUUAUAUGGACAUAGUUCCUUUUGCCCGAUUCCAUCUGAGAGCUCUGCAGUUAUGCAUGCUCAGUCAAUGGAACGGGUAUUAUGCAGAUCUGUCUCAGAAGAUAGUUCUAGAUCAGACGACAAGAGACUCUCUUCCGUGGUGGCAGUUUCAAGAACAUCUGUCUCAAGGGACAUGUUUUCGGAGCCCCUCAUGGGUGAUUGGGACCACAGACGCCAGCCUGGUGGGCUGGGGAGCAGUCUGGGACUCAUUGAAAGCGCAAGGACUUUGGUCUCAGGAGGAAUCUGCUCUCCCCAUAAACAUUUUGGAGUUGAGAGCGAUCUUCAAUGCCUUGAUUGUUUGGCCUCAACUGGCCUUAUCCCAAUUUAUCAGGUUCCAGACAGACAACAUAACCUCAGUGGCUUACCUCAACCACCAGGGGGGAACUCGGAGUUCCUUAGCCAUGAAGGAGGUGGCUUGGAUUAUUCAAUGGGCAGAAGCUCACCAUUGCUGUCUAUCUGCCAUCCACCUCCUGGGAGUGGACAACUGAGAAGCGGAUUUCCUGAGCAGACAGACUUUUCAUCCCGGGGAGUGUGACCUCCAUUCCGAGGUGUUUUCCAGGUUAACCAUCAAAUGGGGGGUACCGGAGUUGGAUCUGAUGGCGUCUCGACAGAACGCCAAGCUUCCAAAGUACGAUUUGAGGUCAAAGGAUCCUCAGGCCUUCCUGAUAGAUGCUCUGGCAGAACUUCAGAAUGGCAUACCUAUUUUCUCUGUUUGCUCUCCUUCCACGAGUCAUUGCUUGUAUCGAGCAGUAGCGAGCAUCUGUGAUUCUAAUAGCUCCGGCGUGGCUUCGCAGGAUCUGGUAUGCGCACCUAGUGGAAAUGUCAUCUCUGCCACCGUGGAGACUACCCUUGAGGACUGAAGCUGACUGCUUGGAGAUUGAACGCUUAAUUCAUGUCUAAGCAUGAGUCGGUCAUUGAGACCAUGAUUCAGACUCGUAAGCCUGUUUGUAGAAAGAUUUAACAUAAGAUAUGGCGUAAAUAUCUUUAUUGGUGUGAAUCCAAGGGCUACUCUUGGAGUAGGGUCAGGAUUCCAACAAUUUUGUCUUUUCUCCAGGAAGGUCUGUCGGUCAGUACUCUGAAGGGUCAGAUUUCUGCUCCAUCUAUUUUGCUGCACAAGCGUCUGGCGGAUGUGCAAUCUUUUUUGUCAGGCCUUGGUCAGAAUCAGGCCUGUGUUUAAGUCUGUUGCUCCGCCUUGGAGCCUUAACCUUUGCAACAGGCUCCGUUGCAGUUGUACUUAAAGCUUGGGUUUCUUCCUAAGGUUGUUUCAUAUAGAAAUAUUAAUCAGGAAAUUGUUGUUCCUUCCCUCUGUCCUAAUCCUUCUCAUAAGGAACGUCUGUUACACAACCUAGAUGUGGUGCGUGCUCUUAAAUUCUAUUUGCAGGCGAUUAAGGAGUUUCGCCAGUCUUCUGCAUUGUUUGUUUGCGUUUCUGGGAAGUGUAAAGGUCAGAAAGCUACCGCUACUUCUCUUUCUCUGUGGUUGAGAAGUAUUAUUCGUUUGGCAUAUGAGACUGCUGGAUAGCAGCCUCCUGGGAGAAUCGCGAGCUCAUUCCACUAGGGCUGUCUCUUCUUCUUGGGCUUUUAAAAAUUAAGCUUCUGUGGAACAGAUUUGCAAGGCUGCAACUUGGUCUUCUUUGCAUACUUUUUCUAAAUUUUAUAAAUUUGAUACGUUUGCCUCGGCUGAGGCUUCUUUUUGGAGAAAGGUUCUUCAAGCAGUGGUGCCUUACGUUUAGGUAUACCUGUCUUGUCCCUCCCUAGUCCUCCGUGUUCUUUAGCUUGGGUAUUGGUUCCCAACAGUAUUUGAGGAUGCUGUAGACUCACCAUAUCUUAGGAAAGAAAACAUUUAUGCUUACCGGAUAAAUUUCUUUUCUCCAACAUAGGUGUGUCCGGUCCACGGCGUCAUCCUUACUUGUGGGAUAUU